AUGUCGACUACCAACAAGAAGACAUUCCCAAUGUGCGGCGUCUCGUACGUCAGCCGCAUCGAACACGAAUAUCUCCACAGCAAGAAGCUCUCAGUUUGUGCAAAUUGCCUGGCAUUGGGGUUUCAAAAACCUCUCAGACGCUGCAAUGGAUGCUUACUCAUUGAUUACUGCUCCAAAGAGUGUCAAAAAGCACACUGGCCCAUCCAUAGAUCCUUUUGCAAUCUAGUCCAAGGAAAAGGCGCCCCAAAUGCAUAUUUAUCGUCCUUGGAGCGCGAUCAAGCGCUAAGAAUGAUUAUCGAUGCUUAUCGACUCCGGGUUGAGACGGAUCAUCUGUCGCGGGACGAAGACCACGGAAUAUACUAUCCAGGAAAGCCAAUUGAUGGAUUGGUCUGGGUGAAGGGCGAUGCUGUCGAUGACUUCCAGAGGUUCCUCGAUCUACUGGAAGGCACCGCCAUCCUGCCUGAAUGGUGGCACUCGGAAGAUAGGAUGGCAUGUCUGGUUCUAGCAACCGAUAAGAAUGAUCCGGAGUCGAUAUUCAAGCCAAUAAACCAAGCCGAGCUCCCGACACGAUACGGCGGCGACAUGUCAGUACGGGUGGCUCUUGCAAUCAUAGCUGAGAUGGUAGUGGGAUAUGAUGGAAAAGGUCCGGCGAAGGAUGAUACCUGGUUCCAGGAGUUUCAGGAAUUCUUGGAUCUGCAUCCACAUGAGAGGGCGCGUCUGAUAAAGGGGAGCAUAGAGAUGGCGGAUCAAGUCCUCAAGGAGCAUGGAGAGCAGUUUAGUUAA